AUGACCGCGGAUGAAAAUAUAGGUGUUGGUACGCACCAAGAACAUAACAAUGAAAAGCAUGUGACCCAAAUUAAAGUGGUGAAAGGCGAUGAGGCUUUCGCGCAAGCAAUGUUGAAGGAGCCACCAAAAACAUGGUCAGGACGAUCCUUCAUACUAUACGCUUGUGCGCUAGUGGCUUUCUUUUGCAGCACUUGCAACAGAUUUGAUGGCUCUAUGUUCAACUCUCUUCUCGCAUUGGAGCAAUUUAGGAAGUACUUCAAUGUGGCUAACGAUCGUGCUUGGAAUGGAAUCGUUACUUCUAUGUAUUCGAUCGGCAGUGUGGCAGCUAUUCCUUUUAUCGGGCCGGCGAUCAAUACUUGGGGAAGAAAGAUCGGAAUCUAUAUCGGAGCUUCAUCGAUUGUGCCGGGAACUAUAGUCCAAUCUACCACACUUAACUCGAGUAAUGUCAUCGGGCAGUUCAUGGGCGGCAGGUUUCUGCUUGGAUUUGGUGUGGGUAUUGUUGCAUCAGCGGGCCCAAUUUAUGUUGUCGAAACAUCGCAUCCUGCCCACCGAGGUGUUUUCACUGCUUUCUAUAAUACCUUUUGGUUUGUUGGCUCAAUUCUUGCUUCGGGAUCUGCACGAGCAAGUGCGGACUUAUCCGGUAACCGGUCCUGGCAAGUUCCAUAUGGUCCCUUCCCGAGAGUCCACGUUGGCAAUACGUACAUGGACAGCGAGACAAGGCGAAAGCGAUGCUUACAAGAUACCAUGGAUAAGGAAACCCAAAUAACAUUUGGGUCGAAAUGCAGCUUCAUGAAUAUGAAGAGUAUCUGGAACUGGAUGGAGCAGACAAGAGAUGGUGGGAUUAUCGAGCACUGUUCAAAGAUAAAGCUUUCAAGAUACCGUUUGGCAUGCAACUGCACAAUUGCCAUAUUCGGACAGUGGGCUGGCAACGGUCCAAUUUCAUACUUCAUUUCGGCUGUUCUUGAUACAGCAGGAAUUAAGGAUUCCAUAACACAACUGAACCUCAACCUAGGUUCAAAUAUCAUGCAGUUUGGCUUGGCUUUGUUUGGUGCUUCCCUCGUAGAUAAGGUAGGUCGUCGUCCUCUGCUUCUAUUCGCAAACAUUGGAUGCGCUAUAGUAUGGAUCGGGGCUACAGUUUCAUCAUCCAUCAAUGCCAAUACAGGUAGCAAGAGCAGUGGCUCUGCUGUUGUGGCGAUGAUUUUCCUCUUCGACGCAAUUUUCAGUGUAGGUUUUACACCGUUGCAAGCAUUAUACCCUGUAGAAGUCCUGAGUUUUGAGAUGAGGGCAAAAGGAAUGGCAUUUAGCAACUUUGCUGUGCCGGCAGCGACCCUCGUGAACCAGUUCGCAUAUCCUGUGGCUUUGGAGAAGAUCAAGUGGAAAACCUAUAUCGUUUUUGUGCUUUGUUGUCCAAUACAGGCGCUUGUGAUUUAUUUCUUCAUCCCUGAGACGAAGAAUCGUACUUUGGAAGAACUAGAUGAUAUCUUCCGAGCCAAGAACCCAAGGAAAGCAUCUCUUGAAAGAAAAAAUUGGCACUUGACGAUAGCGCAAAUAUUAUCAAAGUGGAAGAAGUUAUUUGAGCGGAGUUGUUUGAAUGGGCUUUGCAGUAACAAUAUCCCAUGUGGCUAG